UAGGUUUUUUUGAUUCUUUUAUUGUAUUUUGCGUUUCUUGGCUCCCACCACUUAUAAGUCAUAAAGUACAAAACUAGUUACUACUUACUACGAACUGCGGUCUGCGACCGACAAAGGUUUAGAUAUUUCUUGAUCUUGACGGUACUCCCGUUCUAUUUAAUACCAUUUUUAUACUCGCUUUAGGUCCGUUUAAGCUGUUCGUUGGUUGUUCGAUCGUUCAAUUUAAUAAUACGAUUUUUAUUAUUUAUGCUAUGCUGCUAUUGUAUAUCGUUUUUUAAAACUGACCGUGGAGCAUAGGUCAUUAUUUCACUGAGUAUUCCGUAAUCGCGAAUGUCGUUUUUUGGAAUUUAUUCGUACUCCGUAGUUACAAAUGUGAAGGUCCAAUGGCUUACCUCCAUAGUCUACACUACCUAUAACCAUGGCCAUGUUUCAAAUAAUACCAUUUAUCAGUUUAUGGUUAACCCAUCUGACUGCGAUAAGCUGCACUCGUGUUUUGUCUUUCAAAUUCCUUUUAACUGUCGCUAGCAGUUAACAAUCAAUAUUGUUAUCGUGGUUUAUCUCAUCGCAGUCCCGUACAUACGUGUCUUCAGUCUUGAACUCGGUGAUGACUGAUGAACGUUGAAUGGCGGACUUCGUGAUUGUCUAGAGUCUAGACCAGACUAGGUUAGGAUUAUCUUGUCUAUCGGACUUCACAGCUGUGAGUAUAAUGGAGCUCGACAGUGACUCAGAGCCUAGUGAAGUUGUGGAGUAUGAGGGUUACACGUACGAAAAAAAAUGGACGGGUGAAAUCGGUAAUUGGGCGAUAUGGAAGUGCGCGAAACGUGGCUGCACCGGACAAAUGGCCACGACUGCUGUUCGGACAAAACGGUGGCGACGGAAGCGGAUCGCUGUGUUCCGAGAUAUCUCCUGCAAUCGACUUACAGCGUUUGUACCUCGACGACCACAUAAUCACCCGCCUCAGUCAGUGAAAGGUAAAGAAAAAUCUAGACAGAUUGAGACAAAAGCUGACAUAGUCAAACCGAAGCCGACGCCUUCGUCCUUUACUACGAGCCUAAUGAACCCAACGACUGUUUCAAGUUUUGAAGGUUUAAAUAAAAUUGAUACAUUUCAUCCAUCUGAAACAAAAUCAUUACAUUCACUUACUGAUGUUGAAAAUAUCAAUUCCAUUAAUCUUGAUAAUCUGUCAAAAAAUAUAGAAACUAUCGAACAGAAUGUGACUAUUUUUGAUGAUGUUAUCAAAAUGUCAAAUAUUAAUGAUAAAAAAGAAUUUAAAGUAGUCAAGCCUGUUAGUCUUAUUGAUCACAAUGAAAAUUCAGAAGAAAUAUGUUUUAAAGAUAUAAGUGUUACUGUUGAUGUUACUAAUACUAUCGAAAAUGUAGAAAAAAAUGAAGUUAUGCAAAUUAAACAUGAUCAUUCAGAUAUGUCUUCUCAAAAUAAAAAUGAGGAAAUUCUAUGUAAUGUAUGUCAAACAUUUUUUGAUGUAUGCUUUUAUAAUCAACAUAUUCAAACUACUGAACACUUAACUGCAUGUGAAGAAUAUUUUAAAGACCGUAUUGAUUUUGAAAAUUAUAGAAUAUUUUCAUGUUCUAUUAGUGUUACUAUAGAAGAGUUUUUUAAAUCUAUCAAGUUAGAUUUUGCCAUUUUAGUGAACCAUCUACUUUUAAAGCACAAUGCACUUGUGAUAGAUAUAUGUUUUUUUGCACUUUUUCAUGAAGACAGCUUGAAUGUAGAAAACAAAAAUAUUGCUGAAGUAAAAUAUUUUAAUGCAUAUAAUAAGAAAUUGACCAAAAACACUGAUGUAUAUGAGCUGUACGAGGAUAUUGUGAAUUCAUUUUCAUUUCAAAGUGAUGCUCUGAGAACUUCAGAAAAUAGUUGGACUCUAGAAGAAACACUUUAUGUAGAAAUAACUAUAGUAAAAAAGUUAUUUGAAAAUGAAAUUGCAUCAAAAUCACUUAGUGAGACCAGUCAUAAUAGUAAAAUGAAUGAUAAUCACAUUAAUACAGAUAAUCUUCAAAAGACUGAACCCUUGCAGUUGAUACGAUGUAAACAAUGCUGUGUUUAUGUAAUACAAAAAAAUUAUGAGUAUCAUCUAGAGACAACUGCACAUAAAAUAUCACUAAGUUAUUUAAAGAAUGAAAGAAUACAAAUAAAUGGUGUUCAAUGUGACAAUCAGUUUUUAAGUUGUCGAAUACUCUCACCAGAACAUAUGUCAAUUGAUCACUUUUUCCAAUCAAUUGAGUCUGAUGUAUUGGAGUUAAUUGCUAAAGUUAUAAAAUUUCAAAACAAUAUGCCAAUUAAUGUCAAUGUAAAAAUAUUUGGUCUUUAUAAUCAUAAGAGUUUAAUGAAUAAAAUUGAUAACUUAGGUGAUGUCAAAUCUUUUUUAUUGAAAAAUGAGAAUUUAUCGGAAGUUACGAUCUUGCAACUUUGGUUUCAACAAAUAUCAGAUAAAUUAAAGUCUCGUCAUGAAAACUAUUUAAAAUCCAUGCCCCAAUCCUAUUAUUUAGCUCGUGUUAUGUUUUUAGACUUAUAUUUUCAUGAAAUAUCUAACCUUUAAGAGAUUUAUCAUUAAAUAUUCUAUUUUUAUUAUUAUUUGU